GUCAUUCGUAUUUUGAUUUUGGAUUAGCUUGAAAAUAAAAUUGUAGAAACGAAAUUUAUUAGAAUUGAUAUGUAUCUUAAUGAUAUAUACUUACGUGUAGAUAUUUGAAAUGGCUUGGCUCGCUGACCUUGCCGGUAAAGCGGAGACGCUGCUUAAUAACUUAGAUGAGCAGACAGGAGCCGCACUGCGAAGCAAUGGUCCAAGGAGGAGACAUGAAAGGGAGUUGCCUGUCCCCAUUGGGAACCGGCCAGCAAGUCCGAGUACACGAUUUCCUUUAUCAAAGGCAACACGAACUGAAACAAAACCAAAUUAUCUCUCUAGAAAACCAAUACUGUCUUCUAAACCAUUAGACCAAUCAAGCAAUCAAUCAAAUCUUAAUAACUAUAAAAAAGAAAGGUCUAUGAAGGUUUUGAAUAAACCAACCCAUGACAAUGAUCCUGAAAAUUUUGGUGGUGGUGCCAUGCCCAGUGAAUAUUAUGGAGUCAGACAUAGAAGAUCAAGUUUACCAACAACUAGAGAACUGUUGUAUCAACAAAACUAUGCAUAUGAAAUGAAUGAUGUAAUGGUUGAAAACACUGUAUUGAAAAAUGAACUCAAUGUUUUACAUAAAGAGGUAUCCCAAUUGCUUGACAGGCUGGGGCAGACGGAGGAUGGUAAUGAUGUAGUUAGUGAACAAGAGCUAUCAAAAGCGACAGUAAAGCUUAAAACAGCAGAGCAAGCGAGCCAGCAAAACCAAGUAGACAAAAUAUCUCUUUCUGCCCAGUUUGAGGAGUUGAAAAUGAAAAUACACGAGCUCACGGUCACAGAGAUGGAAAGGCAAAAGCAGCAAUGUAAACAGCUGGAGUUGGAAGUGGAGCUGAUGAAGAACAGAAAUAUGGAGCUGGAAAAUCUUGUAAGACAGCUCAACAAAGAAGCGUCCGAACACGAGUCCCACCAAAUCAAAGCCGAGAAAGAUAUAAAACACGCACAAACAACGAUAGACGAACUUCAGUCUGACCUAGAGAAGAGUACAGCGGAGUGUAGAAGGCUCGAGGCGGAGUGGGAGGCCUACAAGUCGAGGGUCAAGAGUACGCUCGCGGCGAAGGACAAGGAAAUCAAGCAGUUGCAGCAGGGACUCAAUUUGACUGAAGAUACUAAGAUUUUGAUUGAGCAGUUGGAAGUGUUGAAGGAAGAACGAGAAGAAUUAACGGAGUUAGUGGCAAGCAUUCGGCGUGACAGCAGAGAGACUAGGCAGCAUGUUGAGGCACUAGAGUCGCGCUGUGACGCCGCGGAGCGCGUGGUAGCCGCAUUACGGGAGGCGCUCAAAGACGAACGGAGUCUCAAAACGCGCGCUGACGCGCAGGUGGCUGCGCUUACUAAGGAGCUAAAAGCCCUCCAAUCCGAAACCAACCAAACGCUCUUCGCGCUCCACGCGACCCUGCGAGAAAAGGACAGCGAGAUAUCCCAUCUGAAAGAGAUAGCUGCGCACAGCGCCGACACUAGCGCCCUCAACGUGGCGGAUUACGACGACCAGGCGAGCAUAGACCACGAGAAGAUACAUUACCUAACGCAGACCUUGGUGCAGAGGCAGGGGAAGAUUGACUCGCUGCUGGCGGAUAAUAAUAUGCUGAGGAUACAGAUGGAGAAGUUGGAGUGUAAAUAUAAGUCGGAGUUGUCGGCCCUCCGCACAAGAAACUCGCACAGCGUGGUCCAACUGCAACACGAAGAACGAUCCCGACGCACGCGACAAACCGGGUUCUUCGGCGGCCUUUCGGUCAGGAUCGGACACAUGUUCCGAUACCCGGUGUUCAGGAUGUUUGUGCUGUUCUAUAUGCUGGGUCUACACUUCUGGGUUAUCACCGUGCUCCUCACAAGCACUCCAGAUGUUUUCAACAAAAGCUUAAGAAAAGAGAACUUAGAUAGAACUCAUCCAUUCCAGACUUAAGGUCAACCAAGGAGAUCUUGCGUCACUAAAUAUCUUCGAGGCAUAAAGCACUGGUCCCACCGCGAGCUAGUAAGCUAUGAGCUAUCGGCUAUAAAAACAAACAAAAGAUAAUCACUCCCGUGUAAAUAAAAGA